GGGGAAGCGGCGCGGGCGGAAGCGGCCAGGAAGGUCACUUCCGGCCUGGGUGCCCGUCCCCCUGACCCCAGGGUCUGAGUCGCCGCUGCCGCCGCUGCCACCAUCCGCGAGGGAGGAGAGAGGAGAAGAAGUGCGGCACGGCGGCCCCGGGACCUAGGAGGGACCCACACAUGGAGCUGCGGGAAGAGGCCUGGUCUCCGGGGCCGCUGGAUUCUGAGGACCAGCAGAUGGCUAGUCACGAGAACCCAGUGGACAUCCUCAUUAUGGAUGAUGACGACGUCCCCACCUGGCCCCCGACCAAGCUGUCCCCGCCCCAGUCGGCGCCCCCCGCCGGCCCCCCGCCUCGGCCUCGGCCACCUGCGCCGUACAUCUGCAACGAGUGCGGCAAGAGCUUCAGCCACUGGUCCAAGCUGACGCGACACCAGCGCACGCACACGGGCGAGCGGCCCAACGCCUGCACCGACUGCGGCAAGACCUUCUCGCAGAGCUCGCACCUGGUGCAGCACCGGCGCAUCCACACCGGCGAGAAGCCCUACGCCUGCUCCGAGUGCGGCAAGCGCUUCAGCUGGAGCUCCAACCUCAUGCAGCACCAGCGCAUCCACACGGGCGAGAAGCCCUACGCCUGCCCUGAGUGCGGCCGCAGCUUCACGCAGAGCAAGAGCCUGGCCAAGCACCGGCGCUCGCACAGCGGCCUGAAGCCCUUCGUGUGCCCGCGCUGCGGCCGUGGCUUCAGCCAGCCCAAGAGCCUGGCGCGCCACCUGCGCCUGCACCCGGAGCUGUCGGGGCCCGGCGUGGCAGCCAAGGUGCUGGCGGCCAGCGUGCGCCGGGCCAAGGCGCCCGAGGAGGCGGCGGCGGCGGACGGCGAGAUCGCCAUCCCUGUGGGCGACGGGGACGGGAUCAUCGUGGUGGGCGCACCGGGGGAGGGGGCCACGGCGCCUGCAACCGUGGCGGGUGCGGGGGCCAAGGCGCCAGGGCCCCGCUCGCGGCGCGCGCCGGCCCCCAAACCAUACGUGUGCAUGGAGUGCGGGCAGGGCUUCGGGCAGGCGGCGGGGCUCCUGGCGCACCAGCGCGCCCAGCACGGGGACGGGCUCGGGGCGGCGGGGGGCGAGGAGCCUGCGCACAUCUGCGUGGAGUGCGGUGAGGGCUUCGUGCAGGGCGCGGCGUUGCGCAGACACAAGAAGGUCCACGCGGUGGGCGCGCCCUCCGUCUGCAGCCGCUGCGGACAGAGCUACUACCGGGCUGGCGGGGACGAGGCUGACGAGGACGAGGCGGCCGGCGGCCAGUGCAGCGAGUGCCGUGGCGUGGAGGCUCGGUAGGGGUGGGGGGCCCGAGGGGGGGCAGGGCCCCUCGGGCUCGGCGGGAGCGAUGGCGCAGGACCCAGAGACCCAGGGAGAAAUGGACUGAGGGCGCCCCUACCCGCAGCGGCCUCAGGGAGGGGCGCCGGGGGGCGGGGGUGCUCGCCUGGCCUCCGCGCCCUCUCCGAGCCCUGGCGCUGGACCUGGCCUGCCCCUCAUAGGUUCUCGGCAGAGCCCGAGGUAGAGGAUGUGAACUAGAGACCAAGAGACGACAAACCCACUGGCGAAAGACCAUUUCCUCACUUUCUCUUCCCCCACCGUUGGGGGCGUGGCAAGGAGUGGAGAGGGAAGGGAAAGAGGGGUCCUUUUCCCUUUUAGAAUUUUCUUUUAAUUGUACCCACCCAACCCCACCCACCAUUGUUUUUCUUCUCUCCCAUGGGUUCGUUCUUUUUCUUGCCUAAGCCCUCUCUCCCCAAACGGGCCUGGGGCACAGGAGUGUGGGAACGGAACCAGGCCGGCACAAGGCCCCCUCAGAGAACUGGGGUCCCUGUGUCCAGGCCUGGGCGGAGGCGGAGGGGUGCGGAGGCCAAUAAAGGGCACUAUCCGAUUGUC